AUGAUUGAUGUGGUGGCCAAGUUUGUCGAGGAAGAGUGCAUCCCGGCUGACCCAGUCUUGGAGGCCCAGGUCGGCCAAGGUGAUGAUCGGUGGGAAAACCACCCGGCCAUCAUCGAGGAACUCAAGGAAAAGGCCAAGAAGCUCGGUCUUUGGAACAUGUUCCUGCCCAAGGGCCAUUACAAGGAAUCCCCCGGAUGGACUAAUCUCGAGUACGGCAUCAUGGCCGAGUGGCUCGGCCGCUCACGAAGUGCUUCUGAGGCGUGCAACUGCGCUGCUCCCGAUACGGGCAACAUGGAAGUCCUCGCCAAGUAUGGCAACGACGCCCAGAAGCAGCAGUGGCUCAAGCCUCUCAUGGAUGGCAAAAUUCGCUCUGCCUUCCUUAUGACGGAGCCCCAGGUUGCUUCGUCAGAUGCUACCAACAUUGAGUUGGACAUCAAGCGCGAGGGCAACGAGUACGUGCUCAACGGACAAAAGUGGUGGUCUAGCGGUGCUGGCGAUCCCCGCUGCAAAAUCUACAUUGUCAUGGGCAAGACCGACAAGGCGAAUAAGGAUCCGUAUAGGCAGCAGAGCGUGGUGCUGGUGCCUGCCGAUACGCCCGGCAUUAAGAUUAACAGGAUGCUCAAGGUCUACGGGUAUGAUGAUGCGCCUCACGGCCACGGACACUUGACCUUUACCAACGUCAGGGUGCCGGUGGGUAACAUGGUGCUUGGAGAGGGGCGAGGUUUCGAGAUUAUUCAGGGUCGUUUGGGACCCGGCAGAAUCCAUCACGCCAUGAGAAGUAUUGGCGCUUCCGAGGUCGCUCUCGACUGGAUGCUCAUGCGUGUCAACGACGAUCGCAAAAAGCCCUUUGGAAAGCUCCUCCGCGAGCACGGCGUCAUCCUGGAAUGGAUUGCCAAGUCCCGCAUCGAAAUCGAUUCUGCGCGUCUAAUUGUCCUCAACGCCGCGCACAAGAUGGACCUUCUGGGUCCCAAGAAGGCCCUCAAAGAAAUCGCCCAGGCCAAGGUCCUCGUCCCCCAGACGGCGCUGACUGUCAUUGAUCGCGCUGUUCAGUCCUUUGGCGGUGCCGGCGUCUGCCAGGAUACACCACUUGCCAACUCGUGGGCUGGGAUCCGAACGUUGAGGCUGGCUGAUGGCCCUGACGAGGUGCACCUGCAACAGAUGGGCCGAAAUGAAAACAAGCGUGGCAAGGAGGCGACGCAGAAGAUUCAGUGGCAACGGGAGAAGACGGCAGGUUUGAUGAAGAAGUACGGCACACAGACGGCCCAGCCGGGUGCCAACAUUCGCCACGCCAAGAUUUAA